AUGAAAGAUGAGUUGGAUGCUCUUGAGCUGAACAAAACUUGGCGUCUUGUUGAUUGCCCUGCAGGGGUUAAGCCGGUUGGCUGUAAAUGGGUCUAUCGCAUCAAACGCAAGCCUGAUGGUUCAGUUGAUCGAUAUAAAAUACGCCUUGUGGCUAAAGGGUUCACUCAAACUGAAGGUGUUGAUUUUUUAGAAACUUUCUCCCCUGUUGUCAAGCCUGCCACCAUCAGAUUAGUUUUGGCAUUGGCCUCUAUGAAGCUCUAUGUUGACGACAUUGUUCUCACUGGUAAUUCUAUUUCUGAACUUGCUACCAUUAAGUCUAUUUUGCAUAAACACUUCCGAAUUAAAGACUUGGGCCCAUUAAAAUAUUUUUUGGGUAUUGAAGUUGCUCAAUCAGAGAAGGGAAUUUGCUUAUCUCAAAGAAAAUACUGUCUUGAUCUUUUAGAGGAUUCUGGUUUAUUAGGUGCUAAACCUGCUUCUGUUCCAAUGGAUAAUACCACAAGACUAUAUCAAGACAAAAGUCCCCUGCUAUCCGACCCUUUUGUAUAUCGCCGUUUGGUUGGCCGUCUUAUCUAUCUCACCACUACUCGACCGGACAUCAUGUAUGCAACUCAACAAUUAAGUCAAUUCAUGGCAUCUCCUACUGAAUCUCAUCUUCAAGCUGCCAAGCAUGUGUUACGAUAUCUGAAAACUAGUCCCGGCAAAGGACUUUUCUUUCCAAGGGAAUCAGAAAUUCAACUUCUUGGCUUCAGUGAUUCUGAUUGGGCCGGAUGUCCUGACACUCGGCGAUCUUUAACAGGUUAUUGUUUCUUCUUAGGCAAUUCUUUAGUCUCUUGGAAGACCAAGAAACAAACCACCGUUGCCCGCUCAUCCACGGAAGCAGAAUAUCGUGCACUUGCCAACACAACUUGUGAACUUCAAUGGAUACUAAAUGUGUUACAAUUUUUACGCAUCUCUCCUAUCCGCCCACCCGUUUUAUAUUGUGAUAAUCAGAGUGCUCUUCAUAUUGCUGCUAACCCAAGAACGAACCAAACAUUUAGAGGUUGA